UUGGCCAGCCACUUCUGGGAAGCACAUAGGCAAGGUGGGAAGGAACAACACCCCGCCCCUCACAGCAGCUGACUUUCAGAGAUACACUGCGGCUGCACAUGGAAGUUCCAUUCAUGUACCUUGGCCGUUGAAAAACCUACCCUCCACGGAUAUGAGGCCCUGCUGAGAUGUUCCACAAGGGGGUGGGGAGUGGAGCACACUUCUGGUCGCAUCUACCUGCCACUGGUACUUUUGCUUUUCAUUUUUUUGGUUUUGCAAAGCAGCGUGCAGUUGGGCGAUGCGGGCAGGAAGCAGGCUGUGCCACAGGCGCAUGUGGCCUCCGCUCAGAGGCCACCCACCUUGGGAAAGUCAGCCGUGCGACCGAGCUGCUUGCAGCCACCCAGAAAGCUGGGACCUGACCUUUUAUUCUAGAAGACGGUGAGGCCAAGCCGAACGAUCAAGGGAUUCCGAUCGCUGGGGCCGAUUGCAGAGAUGCCCUUUGCCCGCCUCUGUCUCCCCCACUGCUAAACAUCCUAUGCCGAGUGCGUCUUUCAGGGGAAUCCACUGAUGGCUCCACCCCUGGAGGAAGCGGGCGCUGGCGGCUUCUUCCCUUCGUUCCUUGUCGUCUCCCUGGUUGGCCUAACUGCCUGUCUCUUGGCCCUCUGCGCACUUUGCAGGAGGAAAGAGAAGAACAGAGUAAUUCCACAAGAUGGAGCGAUGCUGGAAGAAGCAACGGAGCUCUUGACGGUCCUUAACUCACACCAGCUGAACAGGACAAAUUCCAAGGCAAAAAAUCUGAGGUCAGCCAGCGGCAACAUCCCUUACGCAUUGAGCGAAGACGAUGGGACGAUAUCCAGCUGCAGCUUCAUCAUCCUGCCCCAGAGACGGCUUCCCCGCACCCCCCCAGUGGACCUGGUGUCCCCAGACCAGACUUACUCAAACCUGAGCUUCCAAAACCGAGCCGAGGACGUGCUGUAUGAAUCCAUGUCAGUGUCGGAGGAAGCAACGGAGGAACCGAGCCCUGUCACGAAGGAGGAGGAGGAGGAUUCUAUGGGGCAAGAGGACCCAGCAACAGGACCCGAGUACGCCUGUGUUCUGAAAGGGAAGAAGAUGAAGGCCCACCAGCGCACGGGGAUGGAGGCAGGGGCCUCUGAAGCAUCGCAGCAGGGAUCUCUAGCAACGACACUUCACACUGCUCAAGCAGUACAGUUAGAAGAAAUGUAUUCAGUGGUGCGCAAGGAGAGAAAGAAGGAGGAGAAGAAGAAAACCAAGGGCUCUGGCGGGCACAGUGGAGACAGACCAUCCCAAGAGGAGAUGAGCCCAGGAAAUGCCCUGGUGGCAUCUGUCCAUCAGGAAUCAGAUGGCAGGGGGGCAGGGCACCCGCCCUCAUUGUUCCAGCCUCCCGCUAUUGAACCCUGCUAUGAGUCUGUUGGCUGUGAAUCGUGGGUAGGCAACGGCAGGAAGCCAAGCACAGAGCCAGCUUAUGAGGCUGUAGAUACGUACUGGAAGAACUCGAGAAGGAAAAGAAAGGCGGACAGGAACGCCCCAGCAGAAAACCUCUAUGAAAGCAUCGAAAACUUGGCAUUUCAGUUUCAGAAUCAAAACAUGUUAGCCCACUUUGAAAUCUGACUCUUUGGUUUGGUUUACCUAUUCAAGCGGAUGCAAAUGAAUUAAGUGGACAUAGUUCAAAUGUUACUAGAUGCUGUUGCAUGUCAGCCCCCGGACACCAUCAAACGCUGACUGCGGUUGCAUGUUAACUGGCAGAUGCCCCCCAAACCUGAUUGCUGCAAGCCAGACACUGACAAAGGGCACCUCCGGACAACAUGUUUUAUUGACCAUUCCUCUUUAUCUGCUUGCACAAAGCUUGCACAGAGGUUAGACUAUUUGUUGAGCAUUUCUUCUCAUUAGUUUGCAGGGAGCUUAUAUGACAACCGGCAUCAAUUAAUCUGGCAGAAUGACAAAGACCAAUAAAAAAAGCCUAAAAAUAUCGUGAUGCAGUGAGGAGAGGAAAGUGAGCUGUUAGCCUUAAGAACUGCCAGAGAAGAACAUCAGUGCUGGGUGACAUUUCACACUCGGAUAAUCUUUGCAGAUAAUCACUUAGCUCCAUUAGGAACUUUAUGAAGAGCAUCAACGUGUCUGGCUGCAACCCUGCAUCUGCUUACUCGUGAGUAAGCUCUAAGAGCCUCAAUGGAACUUCCCCUUCUGAUCUGAGUUGUCAUGGAUUGAAAGGGCUAAUGGAUUGAUGAGAGCUGCAUUCCAAUAUCCAGAGAGCGGCCAUUUCCUUACUUAUUGCUGCAAAGCAUUUAAAGUUGUUGUUUUUCAGAAGGGGUGGGGGGUGGGAAAUGAAUAAUUUGUUGUUGUUGUUUAGUCGUGUCCGACUCUUUGUGACCCAUGGACCAGAGCACGCCAGGCACUCCUGUCUUCCAUUGCCUCCCACUGUUUGGUCAAACUCAUGCUGGUAGCUUCGAGAACACUGUCCCACCAUCUCGUCCUCUGUCAUCCCCUUCUCCUUGCGCCCUCCAUCUUUCCCAACAUCAGGGUCUUUUCCAGGGAGUCUUCUCUUCUCAUGAGGUGGCCAAAGCAUUGGAGCCUCAGCUUCAGGAUCUGUCCUUCCAGGGAGCACUCAGGGCUGAUUUCCUUCAGAAUGGAGAGGUUUGAUCUUCUUGCAGUCCGUGGGACUCUCAAGAGUCUCCUCCAGCACCAUAAUUCAAAAGCAUCAAUUCUUUGGGGACCAGCCUUCUUUAUGGUCCAGCUCUCACUUCCAUACAUCACUACUGGGAAAACCAUAGCUUUAAGUAUACGGACCUUUGUUGGCAAGGUGAUGUCUCUGCUUUUUACGAUGCUGUCUGUCAUUGCUGAAAUGAAUAAUAGAGGUUCGUAAAAUUUUGAAGAGAGAACAGAGCCCUCAUCCUCCCUCCCCUCUUUUAAGCACUGCUAAGUUUUCUGCGGGGGGGGGGGAUAUCCUCCCUCCUUUCCCCAUCCCUUGCAAAUCCAGGUACUAAUUGUUGCAACAAAGGACUUUCCGAUGGCUUUCUGCCUUCCAGGCCUUUUCUCAACAGGGAGACCCAGGAGAAUAGGUCACUGGAGAACAGCUGUGUUGCUUUAAGAUCAUGUAGCAUUCAGGGAAGUUUCGAAUGAAUGAAAAGGCAGUUUAAGGGGCAUGAAUGGGAAUGAAAUAGACUCUUGAACUGGUGUUUGACUGUGUCCUCCAGCAGAGCCACCUUGAAUGGGACUUUAACUGUUAAACUACCAGAGCCCUUUUUAUUAUGUGUAUAUUUUUGUCAGUCCCUGCAUUUUGGUCCUUGCUUUUCCUCCCCCCAUUCUGCCUUUAAAUCUCUUGUGUCUGCUAGGUGUGCUAUUACUUUAAUUCCCUCCUAAACAUUUUUUUUCAGCCGCUCUUCCUUGCAUGUGUGUAUUAUUGACCUGUUGUGGGUUCAGAGCAAUGAUUCCUAAACUGGGACCAGUUGGGGUUCCAGGAGAGGAUUUCGAGAACCAAAUUAAGCUGCUCUGUUAGAUCCGCUUCCGUUCCGCAGUGGAGAUUCCCAGGCAGCGAAAAUAAUUAGCGCUUCUAUUUACCAUUUUAUCCAUUAAAAGUUACAAAUUAAAGAGAACAAUCUGACAUCUGCUACGCCAUAACAUUUUAGCAAUAAGCCAUAACUCCCCCCCAAUUAU